AUGGGUCCCGAAUCUGAUUACAAGUUCGUUACCGUCGACGCUGUUGAGGGGACCUUCCAGCCGGCCAACAAGUCUGUCCGAAGCCAUGCCAUUCGAACUGCUAUCCACAGGGGCGGCUCUCAAUUGGGAGCCUCAACGGCUCUCAUCUCUCAAGGGACCAUAAGGGGCAAGGCGCAUCUGAAAGGUCGCUUCAGGUUGGGCGGCACAGCAACCAAAGCCAAGAACCCCAAGAACCAACGCCGCAAGGAUACGUCUGAACCUCUUGUACGACGAUUACCCCUUUGA